AUGGUGGACCCUGUGGGGUUUGUGGAGGCUUGGAAAGCACAAUUUGCAGACUCUGAGCCUCCUAAAAUGGAGCUGAAAUCUGUGGGAGACAUUGAACAGGAGCUGGAGAUGUGCAAAGCAUCUAUCCGGAGACUGGAGAUGGAGGUUAACAAGGAGAGGUUCCGCAUGAUUUACCUGCAGACUCUUCUGGCAAAGGAGAAAAAAAGCUAUGAUAGACAGAGAUGGGGUUUUAAACGUGUUUCUCAGUUGCCUGAAGGGGCUGCAGAGCAGCAGAUCCAAGACCUGCAUCAUCACCAGUCUGCUGACCAAGACGAAUAUGAAAAAAGCAAGUCACACCACGGGGAGGAAAAGUUCAAGCCUAGGAUACCCUCUCUGCGGAAGCUGUCUACCCAGAGCGAUGGGUCAGACCUGUCGCCUUUGGACAGCCCCCAUCAUGGAGAGGGAGAGCAGGACAGGUGUAAGUACUAUGGUGAAGAGAAACUGAAAAGAGUUGUAGAAGAUAUGGAGAAUCGCUGUGAUACGGAUGGCUCUCCUUCAAAACACAGAUCGGCUUCUACUCGCAGGCUAGGGGGAUCUGCUGAGAAGGAGGGAUCAUUUGAACCUAUUUCUAAGGAGAGAGGGAACAGCACGAGUGUGGCAGCCCUAAGGUCCAAUUUUGAGAGGAUUAAAAAGGUUAAUUCACAUCCUUCUGGAGAUAAUAAGGAUGUUGUUGAAAAGCCCUUUUAUGUGAACAUGGAGUAUCAUCAUGAGAAGGGUCUAGUAAAGGUCAACGAUAAAGAUGUUUCCGAUAAAAUAAGCUCCCUUGGUAGCCAAGCCAUGCAAAUGGAACGCAAAAAGUCUUUGCACUCCCUCCCUUCUAACAUGGUACCCAGCUUCAGCGAGUUGCAGAGGCCUGCUUACAGGGGAAGGUCCUCGGAGAGCAGCUUUGGCUAUGAUGGAGAAUAUGAGGAUGCUGAACUGAACCCCAGGUUUCUCAAAGAUAACCUGAUUAAUGCCAAUGGCAGCAACCGCUCACCUUGGCAGCCCAUGGACUUUCAACCCUAUCAAAGUAUCUAUGUUGGUGGAAUGAUGGGGGAAGGAGAAGGGAAAGGACCUAUUCUGCGAAAUCAGGGCACUGACCAGGAAAAACAUCUCACUUGGCCCAGGAGAUCUUAUUCCCCCCGAAGUUUUGAAGAUAUUGGAGGAGGAUAUACUCCUGAUUGUAGCUCUAAUGAGAAUCUUACUUCCAGUGAGGAAGACUUCUCUUCAGGGCAGUCCAGCCAUGUCUCCCCCAGCCCCACCACUUACCGCAUGUAUCGGGAUAAAAGCCGUUCUCCGUCCCAGAACUCUCAGCAGUCCUUUGACAGUAGCAGUCCACCAACCCCCCAGUCUCAAAAACGGCACAGGCAGCAGCAGGUCAUUGUGUCUGAGGCUACUAUUGUGGGUGUACGAAAAACAGGACAGAUCUGGCCAAGUGAUGGAGACUUGCCUUCCGGGAGAUGUCACCAGGACAGCUGCUUCCAUGGGGAUACAGAUGCUUCAUUCAGUGGCACGCCACCUAGCUAUGCGUAUGAUGCAGACCGUGCUGAAGAACAGAGGCGACAUCAUGAUAUGAUGCCCUAUAUUGAUGACUCGCCAUCAUCCUCACCCCAUCUCAGUUCCAAGAGUCGGGGCAGCCGAGACACCCUAUCUUCAGGGUCUCUGGAAUCUACAAAAUCAAGUGAGCCAGACCUGGAGAAAGGCCUGGAGAUGAGAAAAUGGGUCCUGUCAGGAAUCCUAGCCAGUGAGGAAACCUACCUGAGCCACUUGGAGGCUCUGCUGCUGCCUAUGAAGCCUUUGAAAGCAGCUGCCACCACCUCUCAGCCUGUGCUGACUAGUCAGCAGAUUGAGACAAUAUUCUUCAAAGUGCCUGAGCUCUACGAGAUCCACAAAGAAUUCUAUGAUGGGCUUUUUCCCCGAGUGCAGCAGUGGAGUCACCAGCAACGUGUAGGGGACCUCUUCCAAAAGUUGGCCAGCCAGCUGGGAGUGUACCGGGCCUUUGUGGAUAACUAUGAAGUUGCUAUGGAGACAGCAGAGAAAUGCUGCCAAGCCAAUGCUCAAUUUGCUGAAAUCUCUGAGAAUCUAAAGGCUAGAAGCACAAAGGAAUCUAAAGAUCAGACGACGAAAAAUUCCUUGGAAACUCUAUUAUACAAGCCAGUGGAUCGAGUGACUCGCAGCACACUUGUCCUGCAUGAUUUGCUCAAGCACACUCCAGUGAGCCACCCUGAUCAUCCACUCCUGCAGGAUGCUCUGCGGAUCUCGCAGAACUUCCUCUCCAGCAUCAACGAGGAGAUCACUCCUCGUCGGCAGUCCAUGACUGUAAAGAAGGGGGAGCACCGGCAGUUGCUGAAGGACAGUUUCAUGGUGGAGCUGGUUGAGGGGGCUCGCAAGCUACGUCAUGUCUUUCUUUUUACUGAUCUGUUCCUGUGUGCCAAGCUCAAGAAGCAGAUUGGAGGAAAAAGCCAGCAAUAUGACUGCAAAUGGUACAUCCCGCUCACUGACCUUAGUUUCCAAAUGGUAGAUGAGUCUGAGGCAGUGCCCAAUAUCCCACUGGUACCUGAUGAGGAACUGGAUGCCAUGAAGAUCAAGAUAUCCCAGAUCAAGAAUGACAUCCAGCGUGAAAAGAGGGCCAAUAAAGGCAGCAAGGUCAUUGAGCGGUUGAAAAAGAAGCUCUCAGAGCAGGAAUCCCUUCUACUGCUGAUGUCUCCCAACAUGGCCUUCCGGGUACACAAUCGCAAUGGCAAGAGUUACACGUUCCUCAUUUCAUCGGACUAUGAAAGGGCAGAGUGGAGGGAGAACAUCCGGGAGCAGCAGAAGAAAUGCUUUAAAAGCUUCUCUCUCACGUCGGUGGAGCUCCAGAUGCUGACAAACUCCUGUGUGAAGCUUCAGACAGUCCACAACAUUCCCCUCACUAUCAAUAAGGAAGAUGAUGAAUCCCCAGGUCUCUAUGGAUUCCUGAAUGUCAUUGUCCACUCUGCCACAGGAUUCAAGCAAAGUUCAAAUUUGUACUGCACAUUAGAGGUGGAUUCUUUUGGGUAUUUCGUGAACAAGGCUAAAACUAGAGUUUACAGAGACACCACGGAGCCCAACUGGAAUGAGGAGUUUGAGAUUGAGCUGGAAGGCUCACAAACUCUGCGGAUUCUGUGCUAUGAAAAGUGCUACAACAAAACCAAGCUCACCAAAGAGGAUGGAGAGAGCACAGAUCGCAUAAUGGGGAAAGGACAGAUCCAGCUGGACCCACAGGCAUUGCAGGACAAAGAUUGGCAACGCACAGUCAUCUCAAUGAAUGGAGUUGAAGUGAAGCUGUCGGUGAAGUUUACCAGCCGGGAGUUUAGCCUGAAAAGGAUGCCGUCCCGGAAACAGACUGGGGUUUUUGGGGUCAAGAUUGCUAUUGUCACCAAGAGAGAGAGGUCGAAGGUGCCUUACAUAGUGCGGCAGUGUGUGGAGGAGAUAGAGCGGCGUGGAAUGGAGGAGGUGGGCAUCUACCGUGUCUCUGGGGUUGCAACUGAUAUCCAAGCUUUGAAAGCUGCCUUUGAUGUCAAUAACAAAGACGUGUCAGUGAUGAUGAGUGAGAUGGAUGUCAAUGCCAUUGCAGGCACCUUGAAACUGUACUUCCGGGAAUUGCCUGAACCCCUCUUUACAGAUGAACUGUACCCCAACUUUGCUGAGGGCAUUGCACUUUCAGAUCCUGUUGCAAAGGAAAGCUGUAUGUUGAAUCUAUUGUUAUCGCUUCCAGAACCCAACCUUGUGACAUUCCUUUUCCUUUUGGACCAUUUAAAAAGGGUUGCUGAGAGGGAAAGCAUUAACAAGAUGUCCCUGCAUAAUCUUGCAACUGUCUUUGGACCAACGCUGCUCAGACCUUCAGAGAAGGACAGUAAAAUCCCUGCUAACCCAACCCAGCCUAUCACAAUGACUGAUAGUUGGUCACUAGAAGUCAUGUCCCAGGUUCAAGUUCUUCUGUACUUCCUGCAACUAGAGACUAUCCCUACCCCAGACAGCAAGAGGCAAAGCAUUCUCUUUUCCACAGAGGUGUAGGUGCCUGUGAUGCCAACAGGACACAAAAAACUGCUCUUGGCAUAAAUCUGCCACACCUGAGAAAAAGGAGACUGGUGUUUCUUCAGACAUUACUGGCCUGUUCCUAUCCUGGGGAAUUAUGGCCCUCAGUGCUUCUGCUGUUUGUUAACCAGGGACAAGCUGAAGAGAAGGGAGAAAAAUCUCUGCUUUUGAUUGGUAGGACCAGAACUGAACAGGAGAUGGAGCUGUGCAGAAUCUCCACUAGAAGGAGCAAUAGACACUUGAACAAAUGCACCACAGAGUGUGGCUAUUAUUCUUCUUGGGAAUGUGACAGAAGGUAUUCCUCAUUUUAUGGAUUUAACUUAUCAUAAAGAAACUUCAAGAUUUCUACUGGAUGACUUGAUAGGAUACCCCUUUUUGGGUGAGGGGGAGUUAAAGGAUAUAUCACAACUGUGUCUUUAAUAACUGCUGGUUUUAAAGUACUGUUCUAGGCCACAAAAAUAGCAUUGCUUUGCAAGAGGAGAGGAGAAGGGAAGGGUCUGGGAUCUAAGAUUCCCUCCUCAGAAAUUCCAGUCUUGAUUUGAACAGGGCUCUAAAGAAAUGAAACAGUUUUGCGUACAACUAGAACUGUUGGUUGGUUUGGGGUUUUUUUUGUCUCACCCACCCCUUCCCUUGCAAAUGUUUAUACAAACUCUAGGGAAGGAGAUGCCGUGCUCUUGCCUAUGUUGCACUUGUCAUGGGUUUUCUUGGGUUAAGGGAGCCAGACCCAAUGAUGUUACACUAUAAAUAGAGCAAAUUAAAGAGAGGCAGGGAGGAUUAGUCAGUGAUUCUGUUUGUGAUUCUGUUGUUUGUUUGCAUAUAAAAGCAGGGGCAAUAUCCAGACAGGAUUGCUAAAUUCCUUAGACCCCACCAAACGUAAUGAAAAUGAACUGGGAAGACUCUUAAUUCCCAACACUCCAAAGAAAAGAUGUUAUCACUGCAAAAAUAAUUGAGAAGGAGGAGUGGGGGGGGGGGGGGGGGGAAUCAACGGCUAUCAGUUUGGCUGACUGCUUACUCCAAACUUUUAUCAGAACAUCUUUUUUUUGAUACUUGAAUUUUUGGAGGCUUUGUACAUUGCUUCUACAAGAGUCUUUUUCUGAUAGAUAAAAAUACUUUGGUAAAAUGUGUCAGAACGUACUUUAUGGACAAUCUAGCAAGUAGCAUGCAUUGUGUAUUCUCCAGAGAUUCCAACCCUGUUUUAAAAAGGAGCAGUGAAGAAAUUUCUAUGGAACUACAUACAACAGUACAAAAGGUCUAGCUAAAUACCAGCUUUGUGUUCCCCUGCCUAAAUCAGCUAAAGCCACAGGGGUUACGUAGGCGUAAAGGGCAGCAGUAUUUGUCUAGGGAAUUGAAAGCAUAAUC